AUGACUCCCAGCCUCCAGCAAGCCAAGGUCACCUUCAUCGGCGGCGGCAACAUGGCCGCCGCCAUCAUCGGCGGCCUCCUCGCCAAGGACAUCCCCAAGCAGAACAUCUUCGUGUCCGAGCCGUGGGAGGUCAACCGCGAGAAGAUGGCCGCGCAGGGCGUGCGCACGACCACCUCCAACCUCGAGGCCUCCAAGGACGCCGACAUCGUCAUCCUGGCCGUCAAGCCGCAGGUGUGCAAGACGGUAUGCGAGGAACUCGGCGCCGGCUGGAAGGGCGCGGCCAAGCUGCCCCUCGUCAUCUCCAUCACUGCCGGCAACAAGGUCGAGAGCAUCGCCGAGUGGUUCAAGCAGAGCGGUGGCAGCGCGCCUCACAUUGUCCGCGUCAUGCCCAACACGCCCGCGCUUGUUGGAGAGGGCGCCUCGGGUAUCUAUGCCAGCCAGGAUGUGACGGAGGAUGAGAAGGCGUUGACCACGGCGCUGCUGGGCAGUGUGAGCAAGGCGACGGAGUGGGUUGAUAAGGAGGAGCUCCUGGAUGUUGUCACUGGACUGUCUGGUUCCGGCCCCGCCUACUUCUUCGCCUUCGUCGAGCACCUCAUCACCGGCGCCACGAAGCUCGGGCUCUCCGAGGAGCAGGCCACCCGCCUGGCGAAGCAGACCUGCUUUGGUGCGGGCAAGAUGCUUGUCGAGUCCUCCGAUGAGCCUGCGCAGCUGCGCAAGAACGUAACUAGCCCCAACGGCACGACGCAUGCCGCUCUUCUGAGCUUUGAGAAGGCCGGCUUGAAGGAGAUUGUGGAGGGCGCCGUCAAGGCUGCGACGGAUCGUGCCGACGAGUUGGGCAAGCAGUAA